AAUAUUCGCUAGUUACCAAGACAGGCAGCGGCAAAAUUUUAAUUAAGGAACCUACGCGGUACCUAUGUUGCGCUCAUAAAACUGAAAAAGGGUUAGAUUAAGAUAUUUAGCAAAAUGGCAAGCGAGAAUGUGGAAGAUUGGGAUCAACCGUUGCCUACCGAACCUACAGAACCAACCGAAGGUGAUGAUGACGGAUUGGCAACAUUCGAAGAAAGCGUACGCCAGAAUCAGAUAAAGAAACUUCAACGUUACGUUGACAUGAUGUAUUAUAUUCCGGCUCCUCCCCCUGAUACCAAAACAUAUCCAAUUCCGUCACCAAAAGCACCGCGGAUCAUUGAAAGACUCGCUGUGCCAAAAAAACUUCGUUUGAUGUAUACGGCGGAAAACUUUGCCGAUUUGAUGGAACCCAAGGGAAGGGGAGAACGCGUACAACGGUUAGCUGGCAAAUAUAUAUCUAUGACACCAGAACAAUUGGAGCAAGUAAUUAGAACUAGCAAGGCGAAAGAACGCCAAAAGGAGGACCUUUUGAAAAAGAAACAGGAACUUUAUUAUGAAAUGCUUACCAAACUGGAACGACAAUGCCGUACGCAAUAUUUAAACGUUUUAAUAAAGAAAUUUGGAAAUUUUAUAGCUAAACUGGCUACAACCAUGCGUAUUCCGCCGACGUUAGUAGAGCCCUACGCGCGCAUGCAACGAGGCAUUUUUUGUAAUAUCUUGCUGGCAAUUGGAGUUCAGCCCGCCAGCCAAGCGGCCAUUUAUUAUAACACCGAAGAAGGCAGUGAAUAUGAAGUGUGUCAUAAAUUGUCCCACGCUCUACUCAGCUUAAUAAUCAAAGCACUAGAUUCAGCUUCAACUCGUAAUCCUGACGACAUGCAGCCGAUUGAAGCUGACUUCGAUAUGGACAAUUACAUUAAAGAGCGCCUGAUGUGCGCUGCUGAGAAAAAGGUUCAAAAUCUUAGCAAGAGCCAGCAGAAGGGUGGUGCUAAACUUGAAACUGAAAAACUCCUUGACAUAAAUACAAUUUUAAAGAAAUGUCAAGCCCUGCACUACGAUAAUCAUAAAUAGAUGCUUCGUUGACUUUGAAUUUUGCUGAAAUCGUAAAUCCUUUCCAUUUUUUGAAAUAUACUUCUUAUUAAUAAGUAAGCAACUUUUUAUUUUGUCUACAUUUAAGAGCCACAUAUCGAUGUAUUUUAAGAUCACCUUGCAGCGUUAAGAGAGUAAACACGAGUCGUCUUAUUUCCAGCGCGAGAUAUAUUUUUUUAAUUAUUGGUAGUGGCGGUGGUAUGUACACGCCCACCACUGUUAAAGAGCUACUUUGUAUAAAUAACGAAGCCUUUCUCUUUAGAGAGCAAAAACAAACACAAAUUAUGCGAGUAUAUUGUAAAUUUCUAUCAUCGCCAGAAUUGCCAAAAAAUCUUAUAUAAAUAUCCAAAUUGAACAGUUA